GAGGAUCCUAGCUGGGAGUGAACCGGAAGUGCAAACGCUCCUGCUUCUCGUCGGCCAGGCGGAACCUGCUCUGCUGGGCCCGGUGGCCGCAAAAGAACUUUCUUUCUCCCGCCCCAACGGUCGCCGCGGCCAACUGCCUCGCCCGCCUGGCAGCCUUCCACCGCCUUCUCUUCCCCUCUCCAGCUCCGCGCGGCCCUGUCUCCCUCUCGCCCCGCGGUAUCCGCUUGCUGCUACCACCGCCUCCUCGUCUUCUGCCCGGCCGAGCGGCCCGCCCCGCUGCAGUGAUGUGCGACAAGGAGUUCAUGUGGGCCCUGAAAAACGGAGACUUGGAUGAGGUGAAAGACUAUGUGGCCAAGGGGGAAGAUGUCAACCGGACACUAGAAGGUGGAAGGAAGCCUCUUCAUUAUGCAGCAGACUGUGGGCAGCUUGAAAUCCUGGAAUUUCUGCUGCUGAAAGGAGCAGAUAUUAAUGCUCCAGAUAAACAUCAUAUUACCCCUCUUCUGUCUGCUGUCUAUGAAGGGCAUGUUUCCUGUGUGAAAUUGCUUCUGUCAAAGGGUGCUGAUAAGACCGUGAAAGGUCCAGAUGGACUAACUGCCUUUGAAGCCACUGACAACCAGGCAAUCAAAGCCCUUCUUCAGUGAUGGACGGAUGGGCUGCCAGCUCUGGAAGAAGGGCUCUCCCGUGGCCUCACACUGCUGCCUGUCUGUCUGUCACUCUCUAGCUGCCAGCUUCUUCAGCUAAAUACUUUAACAGGGGUGAGGGGAGAGAGAAAUUCAUAACCAGUCAGACCACCAGAAAAAAAACAUGUUUGGGAAGAGAGGAAAAAACCGUGAUCAGGCUUUUACUGGGACUCCUGAUCAAGUCUGCCUCUUUUCCAUUUCCAACAAAAUACACAGCUUAUGCCCAAGGGAGAGCAAAGACAAACCAUAGCAGUACCAUUUGACCCUUUCAGCUCCCUAGCUAGUUUAUUCAUGAGAUCAUGUCGAGGGCCUGAUCCUACCGAGGCCAGCUCUCCGAGUGUGGUAGCCGUAACUGUGAGCAGCGGCGGCUGCUGGGACCUAACUCUGGGUGCUGAGAUAAGCAAUCAGCUCUAGCCUUCUGCCUUAAGACGCACUCUCCUGGGGGCCUCCUGGCAUAGUUAAGAGCGCUGCCCGUGGUCGGCGACCAAAUCUUCCCUCAGCGACUUUCAGCUUUACGUGAGAGCUCAGUUAAGGUGAGGGGGCACACUCCUAAAUUGCUGGAUGACUCAACUUUGGAUUUCCUCUCCCCUUUCACAUGGAUUUCAUGUAUCUUUAGAUAAAACUGACUAGUUUUAUUUAUAAAACCUUAAAUUUUGGAAGCCUACAGGAGAAAUCAUUCCAGUGUGCGUAUUUUUUUCUCCUCUAGAUUCAGACGUUUAUAUAACAUUGAAACACUUUCAGACUCCUGCUGGUAGUAAAAGGGGAUUUAAACAUAGAAUCAUAGCCAUAGCCUGUUAGUAUCCUCUAGAGAACAGUUGUCUUAGUACCUAUGGAUUUUCUUCAUUUGCUCUUUGAAUGGAUUGGCCUCGGUUAUGUUUGGAGAAUCAAGGAACAUUCUUUGGAAAUCCUCUCUCAGACCCACCUUGGAUGCUGAUUACUUACUGCACCAAAGCUAUCACUGGGGUGAGAUUUACGGUCUGGACAAAUUGAGCCCUGUCCCUUCAAAAGUUUGCUCGUUACCAGGUUUCCCCAACUUGUCGAUAGGCUUCUGCUGAACAUAUGCCAACCCAUCUGCAUAACCUAUUUUUGUUUCUUUACUAAACCAUGCAUCACAUUAAGUGUGACCCCUUCGAAAUGUAUUCUGUCUUCUUAAAAUACAGUGCCCUACAAGGGGUGUUCUGACCUGCAGGAAAUAUUUAGACACAUGUUCAAAUGUUUAUUUCAUGAGCAGUACAAUGAAUUAAAACAUACACCCUUAAAUUUGCUAUUUCACAUUUAAAAUAUUGACUCCUUUGACUUGCCAUCCAUAAAAGCUUGCUAAAAAUAUUAGGGUUUUUCCUUAGCCAAAUCAUGCAAUAAUUGAAUGUACCUCAAAUUUUUAAAGGGGGGUUGGGUUAGGGGCUUGUAUUCAGAUUAUGGAUAACAAAGAAUUAUGAUUUUUUAAGGCAAUGUAGCAUUCUAAAACAGGGUUAAACUAGUAUCAAAAGUAGCCAGCUAAUAACAAAUCUUAUUGAUCGGUUUGUUAUGGUGUGGGUUUAUGCGUGUGUGUGCGUGCGCGAGUGUGUGUGUGUGUGUGUGUAUUUUUCCCCAUGAAUCUUUUUUUUUUUUUUUAAUCCUGUGGCUUUUUGCUUACAACUAGCCUAACCCUGUAAUUUUCCUGCAUCCAAGAAAACAAUCACAAACAAAAUGGUGGUUUAAAUACUUUGAUAUAUUUGGCUAAUAAUUCUGCUGUCUUAGUGCAGAUUAGAGUUGGAUUAGAAGUCAGUAAACAGUACUUUAUUACAUCACUGAAUGGAAACAGAGCUAUCCUCAUUGAAGACGGAGGGCACUUUAUCAGUCUGUAUGUUGGUAGCAACAAGGUGUUUCUAUAUUUUCGUUUUCACCUCUUGGCUUGGAUUUUUACCUUUCCUUUCAAACUGUUGUGUUGCAGUUGGCUAUUGCAGAGAGUGCACUGUCCUAUCAUUCCUGAACUUGGUCUGCUUUCCACAGUCACCUGGUGGAGAAGCCACGUGAUUCUUUGUACAGUUCAUCCCGCUGUUCCUUGUAUUGCAGUAGAGGCUACUUCGCCUUCCCUCUUUCUCAGCCAUUUUGUAAGCCCCAGAAUUAUGGGGCGAUUGCUUGAGAAAAUAACGUAAACAUAGAAUAGACUGGCCGAGAUGGUUUACAAUUUCUGUUUUUUUUUUAACUAGGUUAUUUAUAAUGUAUUUCCGAACCACUUGGCAGAGAAAUUCACAACACUUAAUGUUCAUUUCUUGAGUAAAGGAAGCUAAAAACAUGUCUGCUUUUUGGUACUACAUGCAUUAGUGAAGGGUUAAGUAAGUUUUGUUCUCCACUGAAUAUUUAACAUCUCAGAAAAAAUCUUGCAUGUUCUGUAGUUUUUGUAUUAAGUCAGUCAUUUUGUAUGCACUCUAUCAAGUAAAAACAGGCGGUUUACCUGUUUACAUUAGUAUCCUAACAAAUUCCGCCCCCUUGCAGCUUCAGACUGGCAUCUGUAUACUUAGAGUUCAAACACAGCACCCAAGAAUACCCAAGUAGUUCUUCUAGGCAUAGCUCACCUACACCCAGCGGGGCACAAAGGAGAGGUGGGUGGGUACAGUGUGUGCAAGCUGCAAGUAAGGCCCUUUACUCAUUGAUUUCUUUCCCCCCCGAUAAUGGAUCUUAAAUCUAGAUGUACCGACUUUUUUUUCCUAAAACUUCAACGGAGCUGCUCUUUACUUCCAUGCAAUAUUGUGUACUCGAUUGUGUAUAGAAGAAGCUGGUGAGAGUGCCCUCCUAUAUAAGCAAUUGCAGUGUUUUGCAUGCAAAAUUUUAAGAAUUUAAAUCAUCCUGAUUCUAUUUUGUAAAUGGAGAAACAAUCAUAUCUUUCUAAGCAGUAAUGGAGGAAGACUAGUGCUUUGUGCAUUUUGAUAUAUUUGAGUUCAUUUUUUCCAUCAUGUAAUACUUUUGACGCAAUUGGGUUUCUCAUAUGAUCCUAGUUCAUGUACAUCCGAAUGCUAAAUAAUACCGUGUUUCAGUUUUGUGUUGCAAGAACAAAUGGAAUAAACUUGAAUUGUGCUACAA